ACAAGAGUUUAUAUUUAAUCGUAUCGGAGUAUCAUUUAACAGCAAGUGCUUGCUGUUAAAGAAACAUCGCGGCUGAAUAUGCCGUAUAGCGAGGAACAGAUUAAGGACAAAGUGACCGAGGGAUUGAAAGCUUUACACGUGGAACCUCCUCUCGAAAUUCUUGCCGAUUAGGUUCGAUUCGAGGAUAACUUCAUUUGGCGCGACAAACUUCAGGGCCGCUCGCGCGAGGGAGAAUGCAGGAAACUCUGCGGCUCGCGUUGAUCACCUCCUUUGCCGUUCUCUUGAGAUGCUGCGUUACCUAUCAUCCCCACAGCGGGGAGGGCAAGCCUCCAAUGUACGGCGACUACGAAGCCCAACGACACUGGCAGGAGAUCACGCUGAACCUGCCUGUCGACAAGUGGUACAUCAAUACCACGGAUAAUGACCUGCAGUACUGGGGUCUGGAUUAUCCGCCCUUGACGGCGUACCACAGCCUCCUGCUAGGUCACGUUGCGAACCGGAUAGAUCCCUCCUUCGUGAAGCUGCAGGAAUCCAGGGGAUUCGAGAGCGCGGCGCACAAACAUUUUAUGAGACUGACCGUCCUGAUCGCGGACGUUCUGACUUACUUACCAGCGAUCGUAUACUUUUAUACAGUCACCUCGUCACGCUCGUGGAACGGUCGUCAGUUCGUCGACGAGUCCAAUGUGUUUGGGUUGACGAGGCGGGAUGCUGCUGUUCUUAUGGCGCUGAUCUAUCCAGGACUGAUACUGAUAGAUCACGGGCACUUUCAGUACAACUGCGUGUCACUGGGUCUCUUCGUCGCCGCUGUGGCCGUUAUAAUGCGAGAUUUGUUCGUUGUUAGCUCGCUCCUGUUCGUCCUGGCGCUGAACUAUAAGCAGAUGGAACUGUACCAUGCCCUGCCAUUUUUCUUCUACAUCCUGGGUCGUCACACCCCUAGCAAGACCCUGAGAUCCUGGUUUCGCUGUAUCCGCACACUCGCGUACGUGUCCCUCGCGGUGCUGUUGACAUUCUACAUUGUUUGGAUGCCAUUUCUCCGGAGCAGAGAUGUACUCUUCAGCGUGGUGCUCCGACUAUUUCCCUUUUCCAGGGGUGUGUUUGAAGACAAAGUCGCCAAUGUCUGGUGCGCAAUCAACGUUGUCUACAAAUUACGGCGGAUCCUCACAAACGCGCAAUUGGCCAAGAUUUGCUUAGUAACGACGACGUGCGCGGUUCUACCGAGUUGCGUCAGUUUGUACCUAUCGCCCACGAGAAACGCGUUUCUUGUCUCCCUGAUUAACUCCGCUCUAGCAUUCUUUCUCUUCUCGUUUCAAGUUCACGAGAAGUCCAUUCUCUUGGUCGCCGUCCCAGUCUUGCUGUACUUUCAGAACGAUCCUUUCUCCUGCUUUUGGUUCUUGAUCAUCUCGCAUUUUAGUAUGCUACCGUUGUUCAUUAAGGACGAGCUGUAUCUCGCUUACCUCGGUACAAUGGUCUUUUACUUUAGCUCCGUCUUUUGGAUAUGGCCUGAUAUAUUUGAUAACGGUAAAACAAGCAGUUUGUUAAACAAGAGUAAAUCAAAGUCGAAAGGUAGAGUGAAACAACACAAAAAAAGUAAGCCUCUCUCAAAUUUAUUAGACUAUGGUAAAAGGUCUUGGUUCCUCGUCGCGUUUUACAGUUCCAUUUCAGGUGUGUUGCUUCUUUCUAUCAUCAGCCGAUUUGUAAAGCCUCCUGAGAGAUACCCGGAUCUAUUUCCGCUUCUAGUAUCGAUAUAUUCAUGUGGGCACUUUCUAAUUUUCUUUCUAUAUUUUAAUUAUACCCAAUUAUUUGUAUUGAGGAAAGAGAUUGUUGCAAGUAAAGUUAAGUCACAUUAAACGAUGCAGCAACUGAAAUUAGAAAUGUGUAAAUUGUUAAAACUGUAAAUAAAUAAAUCUACUUUUUAAGAAAAGCA